AUGUCCAUCAACUUUCCUAAGGAAGAGGAGCGCAUCCUCGCCUUCUGGCGAGAGAUCUCCGCCUUCCAACGACAAGUCGAGCUCUCCAAAGGCCAGACGCCAUACACCUUCUACGAUGGCCCACCGUUCGCGACGGGAUUGCCGCAUUACGGCCAUUUGUUGGCGUCGACCAUAAAAGACAUCAUCCCGCGAUACUGGACGAUGAAGGGCCACUAUGUGGAGCGGAGGUUCGGAUGGGACACGCAUGGCGUGCCGAUCGAGCAUGAGAUUGAUAAGAAGCUAGGGAUCUCGGGACGGGAUGCGGUGAUGAAGUUUGGGAUUGAGAAUUACAAUGCGGAGUGUAAGGCGAUCGUCAUGAGGUUGUCGACGGAGUGGAGGCAGACCAUUGAUCGUUUGGGUCGUUGGGUCGACUUUGAUAAUGAUUACAAGACGAUGGACAAUACUUACAUGGAGUCGGAGUGGUGGUGUUUCAAACAAUUAUGGGACAAGGAUGCGGUUUAUCGAGGACACCAGGUCAUGCCAUACUCGACCGCUCUCACCACACCCUUGAGCAAUUUCGAAGCCUCCCAAAAUUACAAAGACACUCAAGAUCCCGCGGUCGUGGUUUCUUUCCCGCUACUAGACGACCCCAACACCAACCUCUUGGCCUGGACGACCACGCCAUGGACCCUACCUUCACACACCGGGCUUUGCGCUCACCCGGCCUUUGAAUAUAUCAAGCUAUUAGACGAGGCGUCAGGGAAGCACUACGUUUUACUAGAAGGGUUGCUCAAGACUCUGUACAAGGAUCCUAAGAAGGCGAAAUUCAAGAUUGUGGAGCGGUUCACGGGGAAAGACAUGCUUGGUUGGAAAUACGAGCCCCUGUUCGACUACUUCUACGAGGAGUUCAAGGAUGUCGGUUUCCAGGUGCUCAACGCCACGUAUGUGACGGCAGACAGCGGUGUUGGCAUAGUCCAUCAAGCACCAGCAUUCGGUGAAGAGGAUUACAAGAUUGCCAUGGAUCACGGCGUCAUAAACGAGAAGCGACAAGCGCCAAACCCUGUCAACGACGAGGGUUGUUUUACCGCCGUAGUCAGCGAUUUUGCCGGACAGCACGUCAAAGCAGCGGACAAAGCCAUCAUCAAACACCUCAAAGGCAAGGGGCGUAUAGUUGUCGAGAGCCAGAUCAUGCAUAGCUAUCCGUUCUGCUGGCGGUCAGAUACGCCAUUGAUCUACCGAGCGGUGCCAUCAUGGUUCAUCAAGGUCAAACCGAUCAUCCCACAACUAAUGAAGAACAUUGAGGGGUCGCAUUGGGUACCCAGCUUUGUGAAAGAGAGGCGAUUUGCGAACUGGAUCGAGAACGCCAGAGAUUGGAACGUCUCGAGAAAUCGGUACUGGGGUACUCCUAUCCCUCUUUGGGCGAGCAGCGACUUGAAGGAGGUGAUCUGUGUGGGAAGCAUCCAGGAGUUGAGGGAUCUGAGCGGUUAUAAAGGCGACCUCAGCAACCUCCAUCGUGAGGUUGUGGACAAAAUCACCAUACCCAGCAAGCAGGGCAAAGGCGAGCUACGGAGAGUGGAGGAAAUCUUCGACUGUUGGUUCGAGUCAGGAAGCAUGCCUUACUCAUCAAAACAUUAUCCCUUCGAGAACGCGGAGGAUUUCAAGGACGGCUUCCCGGGCGAUUUCAUCGCAGAGGGCCUUGACCAGACCAGAGGAUGGUUUUAUACUCUUGCAGUGCUGGGAACCCACCUUUUCGGGACAUUGCCCUUCAAGAACUGCGUCGUCAACGGUAUCGUUCUUGCAGAGGAUGGCAAGAAGAUGUCGAAGCGACUGAAGAACUACCCCGACCCAACUCUCAUGAUGGACAAAUACGGAUCCGACGCACUUCGACUCUAUAUGAUCAACUCUCCAGUUGUCAGAGCGGAGCCACUCCGUUUCAAAGAGUCAGGAGUCAAGCAGAUUGUCGGCACCGUUCUCUUGCCUCUAUGGAACAGUUACAAUUUCUUCGACCAGCAAGUCUCUCUCCUCAAAAAGAUCGAAAACGUUGACUUCCUCUUCAACCCCGAUGCUGAGAAAACCAACACCAACGUCAUGGACCGGUGGAUCUUGGCCUCUUGUCAGAGUCUCCUCAAGUUCGUCAACGAAGAAAUGGCAGCCUACAGACUGUAUACCGUCGUUCCCCGGCUACUCCAGCUCAUCGAUAACACCACGAACUGGUACAUCCGAUUCAACCGACGUAGACUAAAGGGCGAAUUUGGCGUCGACGACACCCAGCAUGCGCUCAACACCCUCUUCGAAGUCCUCUACACUCUCUGCCGUGGCCUCGCGCCUUUCACGCCUUUCAUCACCGACAACAUCUACGAACGCCUUCUCCCAUUCAUCCCCGAGAAAAUCCGUGCCAUCGAUCCACGAAGCGUCCAUUUCCUCCCGUACCCUCAAGUCCGCGAAGAGCUUUUCAACCCCGACAUCGAGCGACAGGUUUCGCGCAUGCAAACCGUCAUCGACCUCUGCCGCGUCUGCCGAGAGCGACGGACCAUUGGGCUGAAGAUGCCGCUGAAGACGCUCGUGGUGAUCCAUCGCGACCAGCAAUAUCUGGAUGAUCUCAAGAGCUUAGAACAGUACAUCUCCACGGAGCUGAACGUCCAAAACUUGGUGCUAAGCAGCGAUGAGGAGAAAUAUCACGUGCAGUAUUCCUGCAACGCUGAUUGGCCGACGUUAGGCAAGAAGUUGAAGAAACAGGUCCAGCUAGUGAAGAAGGCUCUACCGAAGUUGACCAAUGCCGAUAUCCGAGAUUACCUGGCAACAGGGAAGAUCACAGUCGACGGCAUCGAGCUCACCUCCGAAGACCUCGUCGUCCGUCGCGGCAUCGCCGCCGCCGAAGGCGACACUACCCAAGAAUUCCACACCGACAACGAUGUCCUGAUCAUUCUCGACACGCAAGUAUACCCCGAGCUCUACGACGAAGCCCUCGCACGGGAGAUCAUCAACCGGGUCCAAAAGCUGCGGAAGAAGGCCGGGCUAGUUCCCACGGACGACGUCGGCAUGGAAUACCGCAUGCUCGGUGACCCGGAGAGCACGGGCAUCGAGAAGGUGUUCGAGAGCCAGUCAGCGGUGAUUGAGAAGGCGUUGCGGCGGCCGAUGGAUCGGCAUGUGGUGACGGAGGUGGAGGGGGUGAUUCCGGAGGGAGUGGCGGAGAAGGUGAUUGCGGAGGAGGAGCAGGAGGUGCAGAAGGCGACGUUUUUGUUGCGGUUGGUGAAGUUGUAG